UCACAUCUGCUUUGCGAUGGAAUAUGCACAAGGAGGGGACUUGGCGUCCCAGCUGAGCCGACAAGGGAUAUCCAUGAGGAGAACUAUGUAAGUGCUACUGGGCUUUUAGGGAGGGUCACUAUUCCUGACCAAUGAACCUGAAUGGUUUUAUUAGUAUUGGCUAAUUCAUAGACAGGGCACUGGUGGUGUUUUAUUCCCACUGGAAUAUGACUGGGACUAUGGUAUUGCUAUUGCAGCACUAUUAUUGCACUAUAAUUUCACCAACUGCCAUAGAACAGUACAAUGCAAAUGAUGGAAGAGCAUUAAAGUGACCCUGUAAUGACCUGGAAUCAUUAGUGUUCCCAUAUAGAUGUAUAACUUUGUGUUUAUAAAACUAACAACUGACUUUCCUCUUUUCUGUAGUUUCUACUCCGCCUGCACAGUACUAGGGCUGAAAUUUCUGCAUGAACAUAACAUCGUUCACAGAGAUUUAAAGCCCCAGAACAUACUGCUGGAUAGAUAUGGAUAUGCAAAAAUAGCAGACUUUGGCCUCUGUAAAGAAGGAAUCGGUUACAUGGACACAAUCACAGGCAAAUGUGGAACUUUAAAUUAUAUGGCGCCAGAGAUCUUCACAGAUGAUUCCUAUACUAGAGCAGUGGACUGGUGGUCCUUGGGAAUCAUUAUUUACAAAAUGCUUGUUGGAAAGGCGCCAUUUAGAGCAAAACUGAAAGAGGAAAUGAUUGAUCUAAUCGUCAAAGAAGAUGUAGAAUUUCCAGAAGGUCUAGAUGAAGAUGCCAAAUUGCUGAUAAGAAACCUGUUGUGCAAAGAGCCCCAAAAUCGGCUUGGGUCAAGCCAACAAGGUGCUACGGACGUAAUGAGAAGUCCAUUCUUUAAGGGAAUAGACUGGGUUGCACUCUCCAAGAUGCAACUCGAGGCCCCACACAUUCAUCAAAGAACAGAGCAAAGGCAACAAGGGAGACAAAGGGUCCAUUUAGAGUCUAAGAAUCUGUCAGAACCACCGAUAAAUACAUUUCCAAAAAUGCUACAGGAAUUUGAAUACCCUGCACUGAUUGCAAAUAAAUGUGCAAUGAUGUAAAAGCCUACAGUAUUUAGGAUGUUAGUCAAGUGACAGUAGAGGAAUACAAGAGACAACAUGGACCUGAGCAGCAAGAAGUUUGGCCAUAUAGGCCUAUGCUGAAGAAGCCCAGGCCGCUCCUAUAGUCCAUCUCCUCCCCUGCAGAUCUCUUAAUCAAUAGGAUGGCAUCUCUGCAUUCCGUUUGGGGAGUGAGAAGACAAGUUGGAGAAGCGCUCCUAUGUAUCGGCCAUGCCUUUUAGCACAUUUAUUGCAGAAAGUAAGUGGCGCUUCUUACCUUUGUAAAGUACAUGGGAGCAGCUGAGGAAUUGAAGCACUCUAUAGAAGUAUGGAAGUGGUGUGCCGAAGAACUUUUCUAUUGUUAAGACAAUAUUCUACUUAUUCCGUCAUCUUUAAGAGGUUCCUGAGGAAGCCUACCCAGGCUGUUCCUACAGUCUGGUUCCUCCCCUGCAGAGCUCUAAAGUAAGCCGAUAGGACGAUGCCUCUGCAUUCCGUCUGGGGAGUGAGAAGACAAGUUGAAGGCUUUUUUUGUUGAACAAUUCUUUUAUUAAAUUUUAAAUGUACCCUUUCUGCAAUAUAAUGAUUACAGAAAUUAAAUAAAAUAAAAAAAAUAUAUAACAAAAA